GCCUUGGAUUUUCUUGGUGUAUUUCCUGUUUGAUGGUUCUCAUUCGGAAAGAUGGCUGAAGUGAGAGUCAGUUUGGUGUGUGCAGUGCUUUUUCUAAGUUCGGUGGUAGUAGCAUUAGUCGAGGACCUCGAUGACUCGUUUAAAGACAACCGCAUGGAUGAUGUGUGGAUAGUAGACUUUUAUGCCCCCUGGUGUGGCUACUGUAAAAAGUUGGAGCCAGUGUGGCAUGAUGUCGGUGCGGAGUUGAAGAGCUCCGGGUCUCCAGUCAGAGUGGGCAAGAUGGAUGCAACUGCGUACUCUGGUAUGGCUUCAGAAUUUGGUGUGCGAGGAUAUCCAACAAUCAAACUGCUCAAAGGAGAUCUGGCCUAUAAUUACAAAGGGCCAAGGACCAAAGAUGACAUCAUAGAAUUCGCUAACAGGGUCGCUGGGCCAGCUGUGCGCCCCCUGCCAAGCAAGCAGAUGUUUGAGCAUGUCUUGAAGAGGCACGACGUGCUAUUCGUUUACGUCGGCGGGGAGUCGCCACUGAAAGAGAAGUACAUCGAGGUGGCGUCCGAGCUGAUCGUCUACACGUACUUCUUCUCCGCCUUAGAGGACGUCUUACCUGAGACUGUUACUUUGCCUGAGUUGCCCUCUGUGGUGGUCUUCAAAGAUGGCAGCUACUUCACAUAUGAUCAAUAUGAAGAUGGCAGCCUGUCUUCGUGGGUGAACAGAGAGCGUUUCCAGGGUUACCUCCAGAUUGAUGGCUUUACACUCUAUGAACUGGGAGAGACAGGUAAAUUGGUGGCGAUUGCCAUCAUUGAUGAGAAGGAGCAUGCAGAGGACAGUGGCAGGCUGAAGAACCUUAUUCAGAGGGUGUCCACAGAGUACCGGGAUCACUUCAACAGGGAUUUCCAAUUUGGCCACAUGGAAGGAAACGACUACAUCAAUGGCCUCAUCAUGGGUGAAGUGACCGUCCCCAGCGUCAUCAUCCUCAACACCUCCAAUGAGCAGUACUUCCUGCCCACUGAGUCUAUGGACACCAUCGAGAAGCUGGUCAACUUCAUCAACAGUGUGCUGGAUGGCACAGCACCAGCUUACGGAGGAGACGGAAUAUUCCAGAGGGUCAAGAGAGUGGCGUUUGACGCCAAGUCUACAGUGAUGUCUGUGUUCCGCAGCUCCCCCCUGCUGGGCUGCUUCCUGUUCGGCCUGCCGCUGGGCGUCAUCAGCCUCAUGUGCUACGGCAUGUGCACCGCCGAGGCCGACGAUGGCGCCGACGACAUGGAGCUCAUGAAGAGGGAGGGCUUCACCGACGAGGAGGAGGAGGAGGAGGAGGAGGAGGAAGAGGAGGAGCAGCGGCGCCGGCAGGCAGCCAAGCUGGAGGAGUACGAGGGCGAGGAGGGAGGAGAGCCGCUGCAGCUGCAGCAGCAGGAGGAGGAGGAAGAGGAGGAGGAGGGGGGAGGAGGAGGAGAAGAGCCCAGAGGAGAAAAAGGCUGAUUAACUCAGGACGGGUGGAGCAGGUGGAGCAGGAGGGGGAGGAAGAUCCAGCCACAACGGAGGGAGGAGGAGGAGGAGGAGGAGGAGGAGGAAGAGGAAGAGGAGGAGGAGAUUUUAGGAGAGGGCAAAGAAGUGGAGGCUGAGAAAUGGUGACAUGGAAGUCUCCACAGACAUAUCUAUUUUAUUUUUUUUUUCAUUUUGAUCUGAUAUCUCUGCGGCGAGACGGUCCCUUGCUUCCCAGUCCUCCCCGAUCAUUUGUUGUUUUCUUUAUUUUUAUUUAUGAAGUUGAAGAUGUUACCGUAAUUCUAAGUGGUCUUAUCGAUGCACCCCAGCAUCUUCAGUGGGAAAAAAAAUGUUACUAAAAUGUUACCGCGGGAAAAUUGUGCAUAAUUAAGAUGGAUCAGAAGAUGACUAAUGGUUGUUGUUGAAAAGCCAUGCCAAACCAUGUUUUAUUUAAAGACAACACUUAGCCCAGCUGAAUUAUUCAUUCAUAUAUCUUAGUUGGAUUGUAUUAAAACACCCUCUGACCCUCAAGGGUCUUAACAGGUCAGAGAAGCGUACUGUGUGUCCUCUUUGGUCCUCUCCUCAACUCGCUUGAAAAUAAGGCCCCGUAGUUGUUCAGUGAUACAUCUGGGGAUGAACAAUGAGGGGCCAUUUUUUGUCACCUUUUUUUGUCAUACUUGUAAUUUAGUCAAACUCCCUUCCUCCUUUUGUUCCUAUUUACAAAAAUAUAUUUAAAAAGUGCCGAGUCAUCAAUGUUCUAAGUGAGCCAUACCGUAAUCCCCAUAAUAGAAGGCGAAAGGCUUGGGAGAAUAUCAAUGCUUUACUUAUUAAUUAAGAAAUGUUCCAUUGUCGAUAACUGGAGGUUGCUAUAGUAGUCAUGGGAACUGCAGCUCCAGAGCACAGAGAUGAUAUUCUCAGUCAGUGAUUUGGGAUGCAUACCCUUAAACCCCACUGCGAAGAUUCAUCUCCAUGGGAGCCUCCGGUGCUUCUGUCUCCCACCACUAGGGCCCCCAUCCCCUUUGGCUAGCGGUGUAGAGCUGCAAUGCACUGAGGGUGCAGAGGAGGGAACUGGACCUUCUCGGCUAUGUUUACUCAAUGCACUGAAAAUCAUGGAUAUAAUGUGAAGGCAAACUAGGUCAAAAGGCUCAUGAAACACAGCGGGGCAGCAGUGGUAGUUUAGUCUGUGUAAAAGGAUUAACAUAGGGGCUUUUUGUAUUGUACAAUAUCUAAUGUGAACAUUCCUUUUUACAAGGAGAAAAAAAAAAACCUUCUUAAGUGUACGGAGUGAUAACAAGGUGCUCUGGAGACGCCAUUACAGGUGCACUUUGAUUCUUCACGUAGUCAACUCAAUUAGUCUGCAAAGGAAACGGGCUCCCAUAGCAAAAAGGGUCUUUGCAUCUCCAGGCAUUUCCAGUUUGCCAUUAGCCACCGGAACCUAUAAGCACACUUCUGAAAUGUACAGCUCUUCCUAUCUCAUAAAGAUACUACUGCCAUGUUUUAUAAGCUAUGGAUAAUGCGGUCAGAGGAUCUAAUGUAUACAUGAGUAUGUUUGAUUCCUUAUGAAGGUCAACCCGUACGCACAUACAGUAUGGGGACCACACUGAGCUGUGGAACCUCUGAAAGUCCUACGCAUGGCUUAUGAAUAUGCUGUUCCAUCUUUAUGUUGGGGGUAUUGUAAAGGAUGGCCUGAUGUGGCAGCCUUGGCUUUCAGACAGAUUAGACAACCUGCUUGUGCUAGGAAACCACAGUGCAAACCUGGCCCCAUGUCUUUGCCUUCCGCUCAUUGAAGUUGCCUACCAUAAGAAUUUCUGCCAAAUAUCAUCGGUUUUCAUUUGAGAUUGUCACUCUUUAUUACGGAUUUAAAAAAAAAUAAAGAUUGUCCUCUUUUUUUCCUUG